AAUGUGUAGAAGAUACACUCACUAUCUUGAACUGAAGUUGAAGGAAUAGUGCAUGAGUGGGGUUAGUUGGAGGGAUUGAGGCACGCACGCAUCCGCAUGCAGCUUUGCGGCUUCUUUGUUUUCUGCGCUGGUUCAAAUCUCCUUCCGCCACACGAGUGUUUCUUUCGUUAGUAGAGUGGCGAAGACCAACUCGUGCAGGCUCUGCAUAGCUAGCCUUAGGCCCGGAAUAAGCGCAGGCUCCGAAAAAAUCCUAAGUUGUUUCAGGAAAUCGCGUUGGACGUUGCGAUCAAUCCGUCAGCAGAGUUCAUGAUCAGUGCUCUCAGGACCUGAGGAAUACGAGUGAUCGCUGAGACAGCCGCAUGGCUCCGCGUUCUUGGUUCACUGGUGGCUGAAGAGAAUCAGGACGUACGUAUCCGUACUGGUCGGAAGUCACCUGGAAGAUGGCGACUGCAGCUGUUGAGGAUGGAACGACUGAUACUAGAUCCACUAGCGCUACAGCCAACAACAGGUCCAAUGACGAGGGUAGUGCAUCACCGGUUCGCAAGAAAUACCGCCGUUCCACCGUCUUCGUACUCUGGAUGUUCGGCGGCGGCAGCCAUUCCAACCCGUGCGAGCUGCCGAUGAACCGGAGUGUCCGCGUGACAGAUGUAUCGGCCGGCGAACUCCAUGCUGCUAUGUUGACGGAGCAUGGCUAUGUGAUCGUUGCCGGAUUCAAUGACUGUGGACAGCUGGGAUUGGGAAACACAACCACCGCUGAGAUACCGAUGUACAUGCAAUGGUUUGGAGCAUGGCGGAAAGCAACCCAAGUUGUCUGUGGAAAGAAUCACACCCUUGUGCUGAGAGGAGUUACUAACCAGAUAUAUGCCUGUGGAGACAAUAGCGCACAUCAGCUGGGCACUGGCGACGGAAAGUCACGCAGCACACCACGGAUGGUUCGUAUGCCACGGUGGGACGAGGGCUACAAGGUCGCUCAGAUCGCUGCUGGUGCAGAGCAUUCCGCCUUUCUCACAGAAUGCGGCAAGCUGUUCGUAUGGGGAGAUAACGGAAAUGGCCAGCUGGGCCUGCCACAAAACGUUGACUCUGUUGAAGUCCCACGGGAGGUUAAAUUGGACUUCAACAUCAAGUACGUGGCGUGCGGAUCAUACCAGACUUGCGUUAUAACAGAUGGAGGACACCUGUACACAUGUGGACACUCCAGUGUGUUCCACAUUGGCAAAGAAAAGUUUGCUUAUCGUCUCGUAACCGGCUUCGAGCAGCUCGCCAAAGUUACUUGCGGCCUACAGCAUUCGGUGGCUGUAAAUGUCCACGGGGAAGCGUAUAUAUUUGGAGAUGGCACAGGUGGCCAGAUCGGUUUGGGCAAGGACGACACGAUAGUCGGAGAAGGCGAAUUACGAAAGAUUGAAGUCAACGGCUCUCCUGUCGAUAUCGAGGCUGUGUCGUGCGGCAGACGGCACACUGCGAUCAUCACUUCCAAACAGAAGUCCAUUGGAAGACAACUGCUGGGUUGUGGAGAAAACCAUUCGGGUCAGCUGGGACGACACAUUUCCAAGGAUACGGCGCGUGUGUUUGAGCGAAUAAGGUUACCAGCACCCGGCGAUAAUAUCUUUAUGGUUGCGUGCGGUGGGCUCGUCACUGCGGUUGUGGCUACUCGGCGAGAUGCAAGUGCUGCUGCCGGGGCUGAAGCUGCUGAUGCUGCUGAUGCUGCUGAUGGUUACUACGAGCAUUGUGAUGGCGACGGGGAUGAUGAAAGUUGCACCCAGAAGAAACCAUUUUAUGAUGACCGUGAGUAUGCGAAUGGCCCCGACGACUUCAGUGACUACGACAAUGGGGAUGAGGAUGACGAAAUUAAGGACGGCAAUGAGAACGACAGUUGUGCUGAUGAUGGCGUUAGAUCUAUUGCUGCUGAUGAUAAGGGUUAUGAACCGGAUGACGACGACAGCCAUGUUGGUGAUGAUAUUAGCUAUUUUGAUGAUGAUGAUGAUGAUGAUGAUAAUGAUUAUUAUAAAGCUGCUGACGACAACAACGCCGAUGAAGAUGGUGAUGGUGAUGCUGUUGUUGUUGCUGCCCCUGAUAAUGAUGUUCAUAAUGGCAAUGAUGAUGGUUGCAAUGGUGGCGAUGAUGUUUUUGACGUCCCUGAUGAUGAUGAUGUUGAUAAUGGCAAUCAUGAUGGUGGCGACGGUGGUGAUGUUGUCGUCGCUGAUGGUGGUGGUGGCGGCAGCGGCGGUGGCAUCGGUGGUGGUGAUGUAGACGGCCCUGAUAAUGAUGUCGCUGCUGGUACCUAUCAGUAUGGCUCUGACUCUGACUAUCAAUAUGGCGAUGACCUCGGCUUCAGUUACACUGCUUGUUACGGUCCUGGCUAUCGUACACUGCGUACGUGGCGGCUACGAGCAACCGGGGGAGUGUUCUAUCGCAAGAAAUUAAUGUAUCUCACCUCAGCACCGUACUGUCCAGGAUACGAGGGUUCCGGGAGCGACUUCAGCAACGUGGUCUUUGAAGCUCCGACAUGUGGAGGUUAUCGCCCCGCCUAUGAGUGUGUUCGCAUCACGUCGGACGAUGCCAGUGAAGUGUUUGAAGAUGGCAGAAUCGACGUGUUCGACUCGGAGCCGCUCGUCAUCUCCACCAAGCUAUCGAUAGACUGCGAAGAUGACGACUGGAGUGCCACCAAAUCUGCCCAUAUAAGCAGAACAGCACGUGUGGCUCGUGCGGGUAGUACUCUUUCUUCAGUUGUCCCCCUGGUCACGAGUGCCCCCCGGGUCCAAAAUGUCCCCCGGGUCCAGAAUGUCCCCCUGGUCACGAGUCCACCGGCUGCGAGAAACUGCCUGCCUGAGAGGAGAAGCAAGGCCGGUUCGCAUUGGCGAAAGUUAAGGUUCUGGAAGACACGCAAGAGUAAGCGUACCACUGGAUCCAUGGCCUUAGCACAGGGAGAAGACUCGCGGAGACCGUCACGAAACCAAGCCUCCUCUGCUGCGUGCUUGAUCCUCUGACCGUGAGCUAAGUGUUGUCAUGUGCAAUGUACACUGGUCAAUAUGGUAGGGACUGGAGCUGACUCGCCGGAGUGGGCGCCGUACAACAAUGAUGCUUCCAUGAGGCUAUGAAGCCCAUUUCAUCCAUGGGUACACAAGGGUCACUUUGCACAUCAUGUGCAUAUUGACUGGCCAAGGGCGUUGCUAUUGUUAUUCUCCUUCCGCUUAAAAAUUAUAGGAACUUUUUUGCGUUGGCGCCAAUCAGCACCAGUAUAUCAGUGAAUUAACCUGAGCAUUUAAAAAAAAUUUAAAGCCUUUGUGUGACGGCUUAAGGUAGUUUCAACUUAAUGUUGCUGCUACAAUGCACUUGCAAAUAUUAUAUUUCCACAAUGGCCUAUCAAGCAAACACUGAGGGAGAUCACAGUCAGUAUUAGUUACACGUGAUAAGAACACCCCAUCCUGGCACUAUGUCAGAACACCCCAUCCUGGCACUAUGUCAGAACACCCCAUCCUGGCACUAUGUCAGAACACCCCAUCCUGGCACUAUGUCAGAACACCCCAUCCUGGCACUAUGUCAGAACACCCCAUCCUGGCACUAUGUCAGAACACCCCAUCCUGGCACUGUGUAAACUAAAAUGAGAAAUCAUGACUGUGUGUUGCUCGGGAUUCACUUGAAGUGGGUCCCUGCUGGCUGAGCUCCUCGGCACUCAUAUCAUCAGCCCACAAUAGUAAUGCAGUGUUCUUGCGUUGAAAAUAUAGCGGAAUGAUCCUGAUUUCUGGCCAUGCCAUCACCCCGCAGUCGUGCUAUGCCACUGUUCUAGAGCUUCUGCCGAGCACUGUCACAGUGCAUGCAGACCAUCACAAUUCUGUUUAUUUAUAAUAUUUUAUGAGCAGUUUGGCUUGCAGCCUGGUUUUGCUUCUUCUUUUUAAUUUUUUGCUCAUACACAUACAACUGUGUUUCCUUGAACUUGGAGUAGGACUGUUACGGGUUGUA